AUGGAAAGAUUCUUCACAUUCUACCUACCCAAAUACUUCCCGUAUCGGAACAACAACAACGGCUGCAAAGAUCACGCAGACGCACUGUCGAACAGUUACAAAGAAGCUGCCAACUUGAUCGAUGCCGCUGCCGCCGCUAUUGCGUCUGUAAAGCAGAAUCCCCGUCCGAACUUCUUCAGUCGGAAAGAUCGCUGGGAUUGGGAUCGAAAAGCCCAGGCCAUGCUUUCCAUGUUUGGGGUCAAAGUUAGCAGUAAAGGCGGACCAUUGCCAGAGUCGAGGUCGGACUUUGAUUUCGUUGAAGAUGCAUAUCUUCAACAAGAUGAAGUAUGGCAUGGACAACGACCUCCCGGGAGGGGGGGGGGGGGGGGGGGGGGGUACCCUGGUCUUUAUUGCGGUACCGAUGGUUGGAAGUUCCUCAAGCCAGAGGACGACGAUCCGUAUUCGCCAGGCAAAAAGAUCUCUGACAAAUUGACUUUUGACAAAGAUACAAUGCAAUUGCCGGAUGGCGUAUGGGUGUUCGAUUUCAACUAUCUCAUCCUCAGAGGUGCGACGUCGACAGAUCAUACGAUGUGCAGAGAUGGUGUUUAUGCGGAGACACUGGCGCCAAGGAGUUUCAUCACGUGGUGUAACUUGGGUUUCGCAAGAUUGGGUUUGUCCAUUGAUCCCAAGGCCGUGAAGGAAUUUGACAGACUGGACGAUACGCCACGUAAAUCGAUGUCGCAGACCUGGGUUCAUGAGCUUGCCCAUUUCUAUGGCUCGUAUCCUGACGGCCAAGGCCUCCCAGAUCGACCAGCGGUCGAUAAAGACGGCAAUCCAGCCUUGGACAAGGAAGGGCGGCCGGUGAAGACCUACGGCAUUCCAUUGAUCUUCAAUCUGGCAAAGAAGGAUGCAGUUCAAGGAGCACGCACCGCGGACGCAUACGGCUGGUUCGCUGUGGCCAUGUACCUCUCAGACUGGAAUUGGUCGCAGGGUUUUGCGCAUAAGCUCUCUGUGUUUUGA